GUGGAGAAAAAUUAACAGGAAAAGGACGAAUAUGACCAUGGAACCACCGUAAUUAACUGUAAUUAGUUUAGGGUUUUGUUUUUAUACAUGGUAGAGUAGUUUUGAGGCUCUUAAUAUUCUUUCUCUCACCACUUCUCUAGCCAUGGACGACAUCCACCCUUCAAGCGACAGCGUCAAGGUGGAGUCAAAAAUCAAUUACUACAGUGAUGGGUUCGAUGAUAACGAGGAUCCGUUUUUCUUAACUGAUGAUGAUCUUGUUGAUGGUGAUGAUGGUGCUGCUGAUGCCCUUUUGGAGGAUAUAAGAGAGGAUGAAAUUGACCUCCUCAAGCAGAAGCAACAGGACUGCAAAAUCCUGAACGCAACAGAGCUUCGUCAACGCAUGGAGCAUGAUGUCGCCCAAGUCUCUGCCGUCCUCUCUGUAUCCAAAACUGAGGCAAGUAUCUUACUCCGUAAUUAUAACUGGUCUGUUGGUAAAGUCAAUGAUGCAUGGUUUACUGAUGAGUCUGCAGUCCGUGAAAAAGUCGGGUUGUUCGUGAAACCUGUGAUAAGUUCUGAUAUUGUCUCCAAUAAGAGGAAAAUUAUCAUUUGUGGGAUUUGUUUUGAAUCCCACACCAGUGAUAGAAUCAUAUAUGCUGACUGUGGGCAUCUUUAUUGUGAAAUUUGUUGGUCUAUCUAUAUUAGCACAUCAAUUAACAAUGAUGGCGCUGGGUGUUUGAUGUUGAGGUGUCCUGAGCCCUCUUGUCAUGCUGCUAUCGGUCAAGACAUGAUCGAUUCAUUAACAUCUGAAGAAGAUAGGAAGAAGUAUUCUGAUUUCCUUCUUAGAUCUUAUGUUGAAGAUAAUAGGACGACAAAGUGGUGUCCUGGCCCAGCCUGUGAGUAUGCUAUUGAAUUUUCUGGUGCUGAUGGAAUAUUUGAUGUCACUUGCCAUUGUUUUACUAGUUUUUGCUGGAAUUGCAAGGAGGAAUGCCACCGUCCAAUGGACUGUGACACUGUGAAAAGGUGGAUUUUGAAGAACAGCUCAGAAUCGGAAAAUGUAAAUUAUAUACUAGCUUAUUGCAAGCCCUGUCCCAAUUGCAAGAGACCAAUUGAAAAAAAUCAUGGGUGUAUGCACAUGACAUGCAGGGUUUGCCGCUACGAAUUUUGUUGGUUAUGUUUGGGUCCAUGGAAAGGCCAUAUGAAUUGCAACCGAUACAUGGAAAGAACUGAUACAGAUGACAAGAGAAAAAAAUUGGCAAAGGAAUCUUUAGAGAAAUAUACUCAUUAUUUUGAACGUUGGGAUGCCAAUCGAAAAUCGAAGGUGAAGGCACUUGCAGAUCAUCAAAGAGUGAAAGAUGAAGAGUUCAAGAAGCUGAGUGUGUCACAAGACAUACCAGAGGCCCAUUUCGAGUUCAUAUCAAAGGCGUGGCUACAGGUAGUUGAAUGUAGGCGAGCACUGGAAUGGAGUUAUUCAUAUGGAUACUACCUGCCUGACAACGAGCCUGCUAAAAAACAGUUUUUUGAGUACUUGCAAGGGGAGGCAGAGUCGACCCUGGAAAAGCUUCAUAAUUGCGUGGAGAGCGAACUGAAGGAGUUUCUUGAUGUUGAUGGCCUAUCAAAGAAAUUCAGCGAAUUCCGAACAAAGCUGGUUGGACUGACCACUGUGACAGGGAAUUACUUCGAGAAGCUUGUUAGAGCAUUGGAGAAUGGCCUAUCUGAUGUGAACUCCCACGGGACCAAGGGCUUAGAGGAUGAAGCUGAAGAUUCUUGGCAUUGUGAUCGCUGUACCUACGCUAAUCCCUCCUCCAUCAGAAGUUGCAAGAUGUGUGUUCCAUCUGAUAUAGAUAAUGUUAGUGGUAAUGAAUGAGAUUCUGUAAGAUUAUAAUAUUCUAGAUUGUCGUCUACAAUUUGCUAUAUAACCCUCUAUAUUCCCGUUUCAUAUCAA